AUGGGCCCCUGUACCGCCUCCUCAUGCUGCUGCCAGGCCUGUAAUCUGCCAUGGGCCCCUGUACCGCCUCCUCAUGCUGCUGCCAGGUCCAGAGUCUCUCAUGGGUCCCUGUACGGCCUCCCAUUGCUGCUGUCUCCAUCGCCACACUCUGCCAUGUGCCACUUUCAGGUCUCCUCACACUGCUGGUGUGUUCCAUUUUGUCAUAGGGUGCUGGCAGAUUACGGGCCUCCCAUUGCUGCUGCCAGGCCUGUAAUCUGCCAUGGGCCCCUGUACCGCCUCCUCAUGCUGCUGCCAGGUCCAGAGUGUCUAAUGGGUCCCUGUACGGCCUCCCAUUGCUGCUGUCUGCUGCUGCCAGGUCCAGAGUGUCUCUCAUGGGUCCCUGUACGGCCUCCCAUUGCUGCUGUCUCCAUCGCCACACUCUGCCAUGUG